AUGGGCUCCGGCUCUGGCUCGGCCUUCACAGGGGCCGACGGGGUCACCGACGGCAGGACGCAGUCGCCCGCUGCGGAGAGGGCCAUGGCCUGCCCCAUUGCCGCCUCGUACGUGCCUCCUUUUCCUCUGCCGCCGCCGCCCUGCGCCGCUCAACAUAUACCCGUCGUCCACGUUCCGGAUGUGAUCUCAGCGCCGGAGGUGACGCGGAGGAGGAUCGCCGCCCGGGACCAGUUCGUCAUCCUGGCGACCGACGGGGUUUGGGAUGUGGUCUCCAACGAAGAGGCGGUGCAUAUCGUGGCUGCCACGCCGGACAGGGAGAAGGCGGUGAAGCGCCUGGUCCAGUGUGUCGUCCAUGCUUGGAGGCACAAGCGGCGGGGGUACGCCGUCGACGACUGCUCGGCGAUCUGCCUCUUCCUCCACUCGCGACCAUCCUAG